AUGUCUGAAGUGAAAAAGAAAGCAAUAAUUCAAAGAAAAAACAGAAACGCGCGUAGAAGGGCUAAACGCGAUCAAGAUAAACUAAAAUCAAAAAAACCACAUAGGACGCCUAAUCGCUUCAUGUUAUAUCGCAAACAUAUACAAGAACUAUUUUUCAAUGACCCUGAACAUCCAAACGAUAUGCGAAAAUUGUCAACGAAAAUCGGUAAAAUGUGGAAGAACGAGCCACCGGAAAUUAAGCAGCAUUGGGAUCGAAAAGCCGCAAAGCUUAAAUUAAUGUCGUCGUAUCGAUCGUCUUUCGACAGGGUUAGAGGAUUGAAUAUGACAAUUUCGGAAGACGAACUUCCGUUUGUCAAUGCCACCGCAUCAUCAUCAACAACAGCUGCUGCUGCCAACAACGAAAAUUAUGGUACCGCUCCUCUAAGUUUUAUUAUUGAAUCACCUGAAUCAGGUAUUACGAGUAAUUCUGAAUAUUCUGAAUGCCUUGACACCGAUUCACUUGACACCGAUUCCCCUGAUACUGAUUCCAUUGACACCGAUUCCGUUGACACCGAAUCAAUUGACACCCCCCCACAAAUGGUUGAAUCUCCCCUAGCUUCCGUAUCUUUUGAUGAUGAUUAUUUCUCGCCAUUUUUAUAUAAUUCAUUUCCAAAUGAUGAGGAUUAUAUGAUGGAUAACUCAUUGAUAAAUGAAUUUUUCGAUUUUCCACAAUACGGUGAAUUACCACCGUUGUUUAUAGAUGAGAGUUAUCAACUGUGA